CAUAGCGCCUUAGCUGUUAGAAGAUGGCGGAGAGAGGAGAUGGUAGACUCAAUAUUGUAAAAGGGAAAACAGCGUGAUUACAUCAAGACUUUAAGAUAGCUGUUGUUUAGAUAGCUCUGGCAGGAGACUCGUCGUUCGAGGAUGGACAGUGCUUAGACGCGGGCGAGGUUUAAGCUGAAUGCAUUGUGAUUUCCAAUAAUUGAGACAGUGAUUCUAAAAAGCUGUCUACAUUAAUGAAAAGAACAAUGUAGUCAGCUUAGCAUAUUCAACACUCCAUGAUCUACACAUGAGCGUUUUUGAGCCGUGUGACGUUCUUGUGUGUGUUUUUGGGCUGUUAUCUUUUAGUUAAACCUUAGUAAGACGUGAGGCAGAUAGCUCCAAAAGUAUUGUGCUCGUUCCUUUUAGUAUUUCAUCAAAUAGUUUCUAUUAUUGUUAGAAAUUGGACAAUGGAUGCGAGUGAGUUUUUGCCUCCUCUCCCAGUGGAGCCUCCUGCUAGCGGGGAGUCAGGGAACGGUGAAUGUAAUGCCCCUCCACCGCCUCCCCUGCAAACGUCCAGUGACGCCGAGGAAAUGGACGUUAGCUCUGGUGGUGAUGGACCCCUGGCACCAGCCGAGGACAGGGACACGCCCCUCCUCACCAAGGGCUCCGCUUCCUUUAGCAGCCGCGGUGCGUCCGAGGGACCCGGCAACCUGUGCCCUAGAACGGCCCGCCACGCGCCCCCCCUUGCCAAGUUCCUCCCAGACCUUAAGCUACUCCGGGACGUUAAGAUCAGCGUGAGCUUCUGCGGUGACAGUAGCAGGGGCAAGGACAGGAAGGUACUGUACACGGGGGACGGGCAGAUAGGACAGGGGGUGGAGCUAGAGAACGGACAGGUGAAUGAUGCUGAGGAACAGGGGGCAGGGCAGGCCAGCCCAGACGCAGGGAGCGCAGGCCUGGACAGGAAGGGUGAAGAGGCUGAGGUGGAUCAAGAGAACAAGGUUGAGUUUGCUGUGCUGGACGAGCUGGAGGAUUUCGGCGAGAACUUCCUGGAAGCAGAGGACGGGGAGGCGAGUGAGUUCACGUCUGAGAUGAUUGUGCAGCGGGAGCAGGUGAACGAGGAGGACCUCAGUUACUCGUAUGAGGAGGACUUUGACAAUGACGUGGAUGCGUUGCUGGAGGAAGGAAUGCCUGUGCCCAAGAAGAUGCGUUUGGCCGAGGACAAGUACGCAGCAGACAGCGACCACCAGUCUGACGGCGAGCUGGGGGUGCAGCCCAUGAUGACCAAGAUUAAGACCGUGCUUAAGAGUCGUGGGCGUCCUCCUACAGAGCCUCUUCCUGACGGGUGGAUCAUGACAUUCCAUAACUCUGGCAUUCCAGUCUACCUCCACCGGGAGACGAGGGUGGUUACCUGGUCUAGACCUUACUUCCUUGGAACUGGAAGCAUCAGGAAACAUGACCCUCCCACCAGUAGCAUUCCCUGUUUGCACUAUAAGAGAAUGAAGGAGCAGGAGGAGAGGGAGCUGAACGGGGAGUUGAGCCCCACCGUGGAGGUAUCUCCUCUAAAGCCAAGGGAGGAGGGCCACUUGCUGGACAGAGUGGAAGAGCCCGACUCCACAGCUCCAGAGGAAUCUUCGGUUGGGGACCCGUCUGUGGACCUCGUGCUGGACCCGGCCGGGGCGGCGUGCGCUCGACCCGAGGGCAGCGAAACGGCCCAGGGUCCGCUGGGUCAGGUCAAGGCCAAGGUGGAGGUGUGCAAGGAUGAGUCUGUUGACAUUGAAGAGUUCCGUAACUACUUGGAAAAAUGCUUCGAUUUUGAGCAAGUCACAGUGAAGAAGUUCCGCACAUGGGCAGAGCGUCGGCAGUUCAACAGGGACAUGAAGAGGAAGCAGGCAGAGUCAGAGAGGCCCAUCCUACCAGCCAAUCAGAAGCUCAUCACGCUGUCAGUGCAGGAUGCUCCCACUAAGAAAGAGUUUGUCAUCAACCCUAAUGGAAAAUCAGAGGUUUGCAUUCUGCAUGAAUAUAUGCAGCGUGUGCUCAAAGUUCGACCAGUUUACAACUUUUUUGAAUGUGAAAACCCGAGCGAACCCUUCGGAGCCUCAGUCAUCAUAGAUGGGGUCACAUAUGGCACAGGCACAGCCAGUAGUAAGAAACUGGCCAAGAAUAAAGCAGCUCGAGCCACGCUGGAGAUCCUCAUUCCUGACUUUGUGAAGCAGACAUCUGAGGAGAAGCCACUGGACGGGGAUGAGCUGGAGUAUUUUAACCAUAUCAGUAUUGAAGACUCACGGGUCUAUGAACUCACCAACAAAGCAGGGUUACUUUCCCCCUACCAGAUUCUUCACGAGUGCCUGAAGAGAAACCACGGCAUGGGCGACACCAGCAUCAAGUUUGAGGUGAUCCCAGGCAAGAACCAGAAGAGCGAGUAUGUGAUGACCUGCGGCAAACACAGUGUCCGUGGCUGGUGUAAGAACAAGCGGGUGGGUAAACAGCUGGCUUCUCAGAAGAUCCUUCAAAUGCUCCACCCACAUGUGAAGAACUGGGGUUCUCUGCUGCGCAUGUACGGCAGGGAAAGCAACAAGAUGGUGAAGAAGGAAAAUUCUGACAAGAGUGUCAUAGAGCUUCAGCAGUAUGCCAAAAAGAACAAGCCAAACCUCCACAUUCUGAACAAACUUCAAGAGGAGAUGAGGAAGCUGGCCAAGCAGAGGGAGGAGACGCGUAAGAAACCCAAAAUGACGGUCAUGGAGUCAGCACAGCCUGGUAGUGAGCCCCUGUGCACCGUCGACGUCUAGCCCACCCAUAAACCUGCUGAAACCUACAGAAAUCGCAAACCACUGAGCAAUGGUCCCAGUUCACACAGGAGAAGAUCUCCCCCCUCCCCAUUACUGAAUUCUAAAACAAAGCACUGACCAGUGGUCACCUCACCGUUACUGAAUUAUGCAUUAUGCUUCUGGCGCAAAAACUGCAAUACUAGUUAAAUUUUCACUGACCGUGACACAGUCUGAAGGCUGUUUGUAAGGUGUUACUUUUGCAGGGUAUACAGGGCUGAAGUUGAUUCAGUAAUGACAGGAAGAACGUCGUGCCUCCCAGGAUUCAGGUGGACCUUCACUGAGAUGAGCUACUAAUUCUGAUGACGGAAGUGUAUGGCCACCUGAUUUAGAGUGAAUAGUACCAUGUCCAAAAAAUGUGUUUGCUUGCAUUUGUGGUUUUAGACUUUGUGGCUUUUAGAUUGUUUAUUAAUAAAGACUUUCUUAUUUGAGGUUUUUCCUUCCCUCAAAAAAAAAAAAAUCAGAAUUUCAUGAAUA